AUGAACUGUUCUAGGACAGUCAGCACGAGCACUCUCCUGACCAAGCAGUCCGCUGCUCAGGUCCUCAAGGCACUCAAUGGCUCCACCACGGUAGCAUACUCAAGACCAGCCUUCCUCGGCUUACAACAGCAGUGGACGGCUCGAAGCUUCAGCACAUCGAAACCAACGCAAUGGAAGGAAUUCUUCCCCAAGCCAGACGCACCCAGCAUUCGCGAGACGAAGCCGGCGUGGGAGCACCCUGUUUAUACCGAAGAACAGAUGAAGCAAGUCGAGGUAGCCCACAGAGAAGCCAAGACGUUAUCUGACAAAGUAGCUGUCGGCUUCGUGCGGACGCUGCGAUGGGGUCUGGAUAUUGCUUCGGGCUAUACCAAGAACUCAGGCGGCAUGACUGAGCGCAAGUAUAUGAUCAGGAACAUCUUCCUUGAGUCUGUCGCUGGCGUACCUGGUAUGGUCGCGGGUAUGCUGCGGCACUUACGAAGCAUGAGGACCAUGAAGCGAGACAAUGGGUGGAUGGAGAGCUUGCUCGAGGAGUCCUAUAACGAGCGUAUGCAUCUGCUCACGUUCCUCAAGAUGGCGGAGCCGGGCUGGUUCAUGAGGUUGGCGGUAUUGGGAGCUCAGGGCGUCUUCUUCAACGCCUUCUUCGUCUCUUACCUUAUCUCCCCCAAAACCUGCCACCGCUUCGUCGGCUACCUCGAAGAAGAAGCAGUAUUGACCUACACCCGCGAGAUUGAGGACAUCGACGCCGGCCGUCUGCCUAUGUGGUCCAAGAUGGAGGCCCCAGACAUCGCAGUCAAGUACUGGAACAUGCCCGAAGGCCACCGCACAAUGCGCGACCUCCUGCUCUAUAUCCGUGCAGACGAGUCGAAGCAUCGCGAGGUCAACCACACACUGGGCAACCUCGACCAGGCGAACGACCCCAAUCCAUAUGUCAGCACGUACAAAGAUCCCAGCGUGCCGCAUCCUGGCAAGGGUCUGGAGCACCAGCGACCUACCGGCUGGGAGCGCGAAGAUGUUAUCGGUAAAGCUUGA